AUGAGCUGUCGCCUGCAGAGCUCCUCCGCCAGCUAUGGAGGUGGUUUUGGGGGUGGCUCUUGCCAGUUGGGAGGAGGCCGCAGUGUCUCUACCUGCUCCACCCGCUUCGUCUCUGGGGGAUCAGCUGGGGGCUACGGGGGCGGCAUGAGCUGCGGCUUCGGUGGAGGGGCUGGUAGUGGCUUCGGUGGAGGCUUCGGAGGCGGCUUCGGAGGUGGCCUUGGAGGCGGCUAUGGAGGUGGCCUUGGAGGCGGCUUUGGGGGGGUUUUUGGCGCUGGCUUUGGUGACUUUGGUGGCGGCGAUGGCGGCCUUCUCUCCGGCAACGAGAAGAUCACCAUGCAGAACCUCAACGACAGGCUGGCCUCCUACCUGGACAAGGUGCGUGCCCUGGAGGAGGCCAACGCCGACCUGGAGGUGAAGAUCCGCGACUGGUACCAGAAGCAGAGCCCCAGCAGCCCGGAGCGGGACUACAGCCACUACUACAAGAUCAUCCAGGAGCUGCGGGACAAGAUCCUGGCGGCCACCACUGACAACAACCGGAUCGUUCUGGAGAUCGACAAUGCCAGGCUGGCGGCAGAUGACUUCAGGCUCAAGUAUGAGAACGAGCUGACCCUGCGCCAGAGCGUGGAGGCGGACAUCAACGGCCUGCGCCGGGUGCUGGACGAGCUGACCCUGGCCAAGGCCGACCUGGAGAUGCAGAUCGAGAGCCUGAAUGAGGAGCUGGCCUUCCUGAAGAAGAACCAUGAGGAGGAGAUGAAGGAGUUCAGCAAUCAGGUGGUAGGCCAGGUCACCGUGGAGAUGGACGCCACCCCGGGCAUUGACCUGACCCGCGUGCUGGCCGAGAUGAGGGAGCAGUACGAGGCCAUGGCCGAGAAGAACCGCCGGGAUGCCGAGGAAUGGUUCCACAACAAGAGCGCAGAGCUGACCAAGGAGGUGUCUACUAACACUGCCAUGAUCCAGACCAGCAAGACAGAGAUCACGGAGCUCAGGCGCACCCUCCAGGGCCUGGAGAUCGAGCUGCAGUCCCAGCUCAGCAUGAAAGCCGGGCUGGAGAACACGGUGGCCGAGACGGAGUGCCGCUAUGCCACGCAGCUGCAGCAGAUCCAGGGGCUCAUCGGCAGCAUCGAGGCCCAGCUGAGCGAGCUCCGCAGCGAGAUGGAGUGCCAGAACCAGGAGUACAAGAUGCUGCUGGACAUCAAGACGCGGCUGGAGCAGGAGAUCGCCACCUACCGCAGCCUGCUGGAGGGCCAGGACGCCAGGAUGGCUGGCUUACCCUCCUCGGGAGGCAGCGGCAGUGUCACCGUCACCACCACCUCCUCUUCCAGUCGCCGCAUUUCCGACACCCGUAAACCUUAA